AUGCAUCCUGGCUGCAAGAGUAAACGAUUCCGCCAAUUGGCUUCUUUGCGUACUUAUCUGAGGUGGGAGCCCGCCAGCGGUGUUGCAAACUGCCAGGAACUACUGCAAAGAUUCUGGCAGCAUGUCGGCACCGAUAACGAGGACUAUCAAUCCGGUUAUGAAACCCAUGCAAAGGAGAGCUGGAUAAGACUAGAAAAGGCCCGGUUCAAGAAGAGAUUUGGCAAGGAAGUCGAGAGACCGCAAUCGCUUGACAAAGAGAGCGAGGAUGCUUAUUUACCCAAAACCAAAUUCGAGCGUAAAAAAACUUCACAGAAGAAUUCCUCCUCUUUCAAAGGGAGGGCUAAACAGAAGGCAAGGAUCCCGAUGAGCGAUUCGUCGGAAGAUGAUACACCGCUCAGUAGUGUGUCUAAAAUCCAGACGACGGGAACGAAGCGAAAGAGGAGUGAAUCUACUGUACUAUCCUCUGACUCCGAUCAACCUCUCUUCAAGGAAACAGCCAGUUCUCAGCCUGAGAAAGACAUCAAGGGGAAAGGCAAACAGAGAGAGCUUUCUACCGCCCCCGAUGAAAACAAUGCCGCAUCACUAUUUUCGGAUCGAGAGCUGUCUUCCGACAUUGUCCCGGAAGCCACGGUCAGGACAGAUACAUCGUCAAAACCUGAUUUACAUUUCCAGGCGGCGUUUAACUCAAAAGAACCUGAUCUGGCGCCUCCUUCUACAUCUGAUCCUGCCCCGCCCCAAAGUGCUGUCAGUCAAGUUGCCUCUCAACACACACCCAACGUCCCUCAAAUACCUACGCCAACAACUGCACAAGCCUCGACGCCAACUGUUCCCCAAAAAAAGACGUCCAUCCCACCCUACAAAGCUCCACCACGGAUCCAGAUGAUUGAUAUCCCUGCAGGCCGCGAUGCUUUCGGUGGGAUCUCAGUGAAGCAGCGCUUAGCUCAGAGUGCCCUGGCGCCUACAAAUCAUCAGGCUAGCACGAAACCUCCUCUUCCUUUAAGGAAGGAUUCUGCCUUAAGCAAGCUUAGUUUCACCAAACGCACUGCUGCCCCACCUGCGCCGGCAAAUCAAUAUACAGCUACUUCCCCGAAACCAGGUGUCCUAGUACCGAAGGACAACCAUCCCCCCAUACGAUCGAGUAUCUCACACUCACCACGCGUCACCUUUAGCGCCUCUCCCUCUGAUCAGUUUAUGCAUGAGGCUGAAGAAUUUCUGCAGGAUAUCAUGCCUCCCGAAAUACCGAAAAUAUGGAAGUGGGAAGGCGAUAUGUUCUGCUUACAGGGCAACAAGGAAAGAGUGGCUUAUGGUCGAGUUUCUCUCAUUGAUGCAACUCCCGUUGCCAACAAUGGGAUGCCACUCAGCGUUGCAUUCUCCGCUACAGUCACUUCCUUAGAGUUUGGCUCGAUGUAUCAUUCAGUGGAUGUGUCACAUUGUCUUUCGUCUUGGAUGCCAGUUUCUCAGUUUGCACGGCUAGUUCCCCUGGAAGACAUUGGGCGUACUCGUCUAAAGAUUCUUUCCAAGUAUAUGGAGAAGCAUGAGCUUGUCGGAAUUUCGCCAACGAAGCCCUCUUUCGAGGAAACCGUGGAGUCCCAUGUUCUUUACUUCCCUGCUUCGUCGCAGAUUGUCAAGCACUUCUCUGGCAUUCCCAUAAUCAAGAACGUCGAGACCCUGUUCUUUGUGGCCAUUCUAGCGAGGCGUAUUCGGGACAAGCCAUCUAUACCCGUAUUGUCUUUGAGCGAGUGGAACGGCUUCAAGGACCAGUCCAAAUACAUAAAAAAUGCAGAAUUUCAGCAUGCUCUACGCAUACUCAAAUAUCCUCCGUGGCUCCACGAUUUCCUAUCGCAAAAACGACGCGAUUAUUGCGUCUGGUAUGAAGAUGUCAAACAGGACAUGCGCGGGAAACAGAAACCCUUUGAUUUGAAGGGUGGGAACUUGGAGACUUAUUGGCUUGCGACAAUCCUGGAGCAAUAUAGAGGCACAAAUAAGGGGUACAAGGCUGACGUUGAGGUUAUUUUUGUGCAUGUCGGGGCUGUAAAAACGCUUCACAAACUUACAGCUUUGGUGGAACGGCGGGCCAAGAGGCCUGACAUCCUCUUCGUUACGUUUGGAACGCAUCAGAGAGUACAUCCGGAGCGAUGGGGAUUCCGACGUAUAUAUCCGAUAGGAGGUAUAGUGACAUUCACAGCAAAGGCUCUGGUCGAAGACCCCUUGGGUAUCGAUCAGCGAGUCUGUGAAAUAUCGGAAAAUGACAACUGGGAGGCAUAUGUCAUACCUGCUGCCCUCGGGAUGGCAGUGCACUUGCACUACAAGAACGAGGAUGCGUUGGAGGCCUUUGAUAAAGGCGAGUUUCUGUACGAUUUCCUUCUGACGGCCAUCGACGAAGGGAUGAUUUCGUUCAUGUGUUCACCCCCCAUAAAUUCCCAUCCUGUGUGCCCAACUGAGCCGUUUACAGCAAAGCCUUUUUCUGAGCGCCGUUUCGAGGAGCCUGUCCAUGACUGGCUUCUAGACCAAGCUCUCAUCAUUUCGGCCGGGCCCCGAGAGAUCUUGGAAUAUUCCAUCCGGGAAUUCAGAACGAAAUAUGCCAACCAGUCGGAAGACCUGUACCCAUCGCUGAUACAAACAGACCUCAGUCACGACCUUCGGCUCAUGCAGCAGCAACCUGUCAUUAUGGAUCGAUAUCGUCGUUUUGUAGCAUUAAAAGGCGAGCUCGAAAAGCCUUCAGAACGGAAUGGAGUUGAAUGGUCGACGACGUCCACCUUUGAUUGUAAAGAUUGUUUUUUCAAGUACAUGCAGCGUAAUGCAGCCCCCCAUGAAUCCCAAAGCGAACUGUAG